UGUCGCAAGCAAAGCCCAAAAACACUUGAUUAACAAUUUGAUUUUAUCUAUCUAUCCGUGGGGGAAGAGAGAGAGAGAGAGAGCGUAGACGAUGGCGAUGGUAGAGAGCAAUGUUGUCGUCGUUGUGAUUGUUGUUGUAGUUGUUGUAGUUAUGCUUCUUCUCAUCUUUCUCCUUAUCCUUCUCUUCUUCAAGCCAUGGCGUUUUUUUCUCUCUGCCUCUUCUACUCGCUCUCGCACAAUCAAGGUUGAUGAUCUAGAUAGGCCCCUUGUUUCAGACGAUGAGGAUCUUAUCCGAAACCAAAGCAAUGAAUUGCGAAUUGAUUAUGAUCUGGAGGGAGCAAGUCUUCAAAAUGAAGGGCAUUUCCGUUCACCUCGGACUUAUGGACGCCUUUAUAAACAAAGGCUUCCCACUGUAUCUCACCAUACAACUCAAGGUGAUAGCUUGGGUGUAGAUGUAAUCUCUGAUCCUCCGGAAGAUUUAUUGUUUGGUCAGACACUUAGGCGCCCUUUCUCAACAGACCAAAUAUCGGAAAUCCAAAAAUAUGGUAGACAGAGUUUAGAAGAUGAAAAAUUUCAAGAGUUUGUGAUCAAGGAUAUUCUAGAUCAAAGAAGCUGCCUCACCCUGGAGGUUAUCUCUGGUCCAUCUCGUGGGCUUCGUUGUUCUGUACAGUCAACAAAUACAUCUAGGCUUCCACUGACCCUUGGAAGGGUUUCUCCAAGUGAUUUAUUAUUGAAGGAUUCAGAGGUGUCAGGAAAGCAUGCAAUGAUAAACUGGAAUUCGAAUAAAAUGAAGUGGGAACUUAUAGACAUGGGUAGCCUAAAUGGAACACUUUUAAAUUCACAGUCAAUCAACCAUCCUGAUUCUGGUAGUCGACAUUGGGGUGACCCAAUAGAGCUUGCAAGUGGAAAUGUAAUAACUCUUGGCACAACCUCCAAAUUAUAUGUUCACAUUACGUCUCAAACUGAGUCUCAGAUCCCCUUUGGAGUUGGUGUGGCAUCGGAUCCAAUGGCUGUGCGUAGAGGAGGAAAGAAGCUUCCAAUGGAAGAUGUGUGCUAUUAUCAAUGGCCUCUUCCUGGUGUUGACAAGUUUGGUUUGUUUGGCAUCUGUGAUGGACAUGGUGGAGCAGGAGCUGCCAAAUAUGCUAGCAAAAUUUUACCUGAGAAGGUUGCUGAUAUUUUGUCGGAUUCACUAAAAAGAGAGAGGAUUUUAUCACUACGUGAUGCUUCCGAUGUUCUGAGGGAUGCAUUCUCUCAGACAGAAGCAUGCAUGAAUCAUAAUUAUGAGGGUUGUACUGCAACGGUGCUUCUGGUAUGGACUGAUGGUGAUGAAAAUUUCUUUGCGCAAUGUGCAAAUGUUGGGGAUUCAGCUUGUGUUAUGAAUGUUGAUGGAAAACAGAUUAAGAUGACCGAAGACCAUAGAAUAACUAGUUAUUCUGAAAGACUUCGAAUUGAAGAAACAGGAGAACCAUUGAGAGAUGGGGAAACUCGUCUCUGUGGUUUGAACCUUGGCCGAAUGCUUGGAGACAAAUUUCUUAAACAGCAGGAUUCCCGCUUCAGUUCAAUGCCUUAUAUAAGUCAAGUUGUACAUAUCAAUCAAGCUAGUGGGACGUUUGCACUACUGGCCAGUGAUGGGUUCUGGGAUGUCAUUGGUGCAAAGAGGGCAAUACAACUAGUCCUUCAGACAAGGGAGAGAUACUCAACAGAUGAGAGUUCAGCAGAGAAGAUUGCUAAUUAUUUGUUGAGUGAGGCUAGAACAUUGCGUACAAAGGAUAACACUUCUAUAGUUUUCUUAGAUUUUGAUACCAAUAGAAGCUCAUGUAAAGUUGAAUCUUGAUUUGAAUCAAAAGGUUUUAGUGUUUCAGUAAUGAUUAUAUUUGUUUUCUUUUGUUUUUUGAA